GCCGCCGCCGCCGCCGCUUCUUCUUCUUAAUUCCUCGUCCUUUAAUUGCUCACUCUUCGCGUUUCGGGGGGGGAGAAUGGGAUUAGGGUUAGGGUUAGGGUUUUUAGGGAGAGAGAGAGAGAGAAAUGGGGGAGGUGGGGACCACGUAGCGCUGCGCCACCACAACGGCCACCGAAUCGCGAUCCGGAUACCGAAUCGGCGAGGCAGAUAUACGGGAUACGGUAUCCUCACCUCGCCCCGCACAACCUCCAAAUCCCCUUUCUCUCUCCUCGUAUCCCUCCUCUCCUUAUACCGCGCCUCGCCUCGGCUCGAGCGCCGAUCCAUCGGGAGAUGCGCUCGCGAUCGGCUUCGCGUACGGCUACGAGCCCGCGUAUAUAAUCCCGCCCUCGUCGCCGAUUUUUUCAACCAUCGGAUCGUCGACGACGUAGAGUUCGAGUUUUAGAGAGAGAAAGAGAGAGGUGUUGGUGAUUUGGUCCAUCAAUGGCGACUACUACUACUACUACGACGGCGACGACGACGACGACGAUGAAGGGGGGUAAGGUUACCGGGUUGGGCGAGGUCACCGGGGUCGCUGAGGCGAACGGGGUGGCGACGCCGCACGUGCUCGCCGUCGACGAUAGCUCCGUGGACCGCGCCCUCAUCGCCGGCGUGCUCCGCAGCUCCAAAUAUCGAGUAACUGCGGUGGAUAGUGGGAAAAAAGCUUUGGAAUUGCUCGACUUGGAGCCGAACGUGAAUAUGAUAAUUACGGAUUACUGUAUGCCGGAGAUGACCGGCUACGAUCUCCUCAAAAAAGUCAAGGAAUCCUCUGAGCUGAGGGAAAUUCCCGUAGCGAUCAUGUCUUCGGAGAAGGUCAAGGCGAGGGAGGACAGUUGCAUGAAGGAGGGAGCAGUAGCAUUCCUGAAGAAGCCUGUUCAGCGAAACGAAGUUUGGAGCCUGUGUCACCGUUGGCUGCGGUGAUCGCCGUCCGAUCGACGAUCGUCGCGAAUCGACGGUCCCAGUUACCUACCGACUGACCUAUGGUUUAGAUGUUUUGCAUUAGGAUGCAGGGGGUGUGUGUGGUGGUAGCUAGUAGUGUGUCAUCAAUAUCAUGGGAUGUUUGUUUUUUUUCUUUUUGUUUUUAAAUUUUUUUUUUCACUUAUUAGGUUUUUUUUAGGUUAGUUUUUGGCAAUGUCCCUUGAUCUUUUUGUGCUAACAAAGAUGAAAAAUGAAAAGGCUUAUGUGCUCCUCUUUAUGUAACCUUUUUUUUUUUCAUUUUGGUGAGGUUGGUGAUGUCCUUGG